AACGCACGGUGGGAGGACACGCGCGCGAUCGCAGCAGCAACGGUGUCGAACUGAGAUCGUUGAUCAUCGGUGGUCGGCGUUAUAUCGCUCGUCGCCGGGAAUCAUCGCGUGUUGCAUCACUUCGAUAUAUUCUUCGGUAUCCACCCGCCGCAAGCACGCCGAGCGGCGCGACGCGCGAGGAAUCGUCGCUCAUCGCGCAGAGAUCGCUGUGCGGCGACGAGGAGACGAGAGGUUAGGGCGGCCCCAGCCGGGACGACGUUGACUCGACAGUUUUUCUCUCGCUCGCUCCCCCGGAGCGUCGUCACGCCGCGCGUGCGACUAGGGACUUUGGCGGCGCGUUCACGCACGGUGUGCGUAUACGCGGAGCGGUCGGGAACAGCUGAUGCUUCAACGGCACCGGCGAGAUGUCAAAAUCCAGGCAAUUUACUCUGCGUGUGCAGUCAUCAGAGGGAACAAAACGUAUAGAAGUGCAGGCUUCUGAUACGCUAACUCGUCUUUAUGAAAAAGUAUAUGAAGCCUUCGAUUUGAAUAGUUUUGGAUUUAGCCUGUGUAAACAACGAAAUCAUAAGGAUCCGCUUACAUCUACCAAGAGCAAAACAGUGUCAGGGAUCGGUCUUUGUCAUGGAGAUAUGCUUUAUCUUGUGCCGGUUAAUGGUACACAGCUGUGGAAUACUCCGUCAACCAGCAAUGCCACUGAUAAUAUUUCCGCAGAACCAGGGUCACUGGAUACCACAGGAAGUACGAAUCGUACAUCCGGCCUCUCACGAUCUCUGCCAAAUGUAAUCGAGAACGAUGUCGACGAGCAAUUGUGGAAACUGGACGGAAAGAUCCAACGUAAACGCGACGAGAAACUUUGUCGACACGGAGCAAGGGGAUGCUGCGUACAUUGUUCGCCUUUGGAACCUUUCGAUGAAAUUUAUUUGAAGGAGCAGAAUAUCAAGCAUCUGUCUUUUCAUUCGUAUCUCAGGAAGCUCACUGCCGGAGUUGAUAGGGGCAAGUUUAUACAAUUAGAUGACAUAAGCUGCCGUGUAAAGACUGGCUGCAAGGAUCACCCACCGUGGCCCCGAGGGAUCUGCAGUAAAUGCCAGCCACCCUCGAUCACGCUCAAUCGCCAAACUUAUCGCCACGUGGACAACGUCAUGUUCGAGAAUGCCAGUUUGGUGGAGCGUUUCCUCAAUUACUGGCGCGGCACCGGCCUCCAGCGUAUCGGCUAUCUCUACGGCAGAUACGAGAUGCAUUCGGACGUCCCGCUAGGAAUUAGGGCUGUCGUCGCGGCUAUAUACGAGCCACCGCAGGAAAGUACAAAAGACACAAUAAGACUUUUACCGGAUGAGAGAGAAGCUUUAGUCGAGGAGUUAGGCCGCACGCUUAAUCUAUGGCGAGUUGGAUGGAUCUUCACUGACCUCAUAGCCGACAAUGUCAAGAAGGGAACGGUCAAGCACGUUCGUAAUAUAGAGAGCCACUUUCUAUCCGCUCAAGAAUGCAUUAUGGCUGGGUACUACCAAAAUCAAUACCCAAAUCCUUGCCGUUUUUCACCUAAUGGUUAUUUCGGCUCGAAAUUCGUCACCGUUUGCGUUACAGGUGACGACAAAAAUCAAGUUCACAUGGAGGGCUAUCAGGUAUCGAAUCAGUGCAUGGCGUUGGUACGAGAUAGCUGUUUGGUUCCUACAAAAGACGCGCCGGAAUUAGGCUACGUAAUCGAGUCGACCGAUAAGCAAUACGUCCCGGAUGUCUUCUAUAAGGAGAAAGACACAUAUGGAAACGAGGUGUCGAGAUUAGCGAGACCUUUACCGGUAGAAUAUUUGCUAGUGGAUGUGCCCGCAUCUACACCACUCACUCCUCAGUUCACGUUCUUCACAGAUGACAAGAUCACUCCGUUUCCGGUCGAGAAUAGGCAAAUUGAUGGACAGGUUCAGGAGUUCAGUGCAUUGUGCACGUACAUGCAGCAGUUCAACGCGGAUCAAUUCCUAGAGGCAACCUCUGACUUUCAUUUGCUCCUCUUCAUCGCUACCAUGGAUAUGUAUCCCAUGAAGGACUAUAUGCUGACUUUACUUGAAGCUAUUCGUAACAAAGACAAACAAAAAGCGAUAGAGUGGGCGCAGUCAGAACAUUGGGCAACGGUGGAGCAACUCAUAUCCGCGUCCUCCUCCGGCACAUCGCGCUCACCGCAGGUGUCCUUCGGCGGUAACCCGAGAACGUCGUCCUCCGCGGCUGCGGAGGGCAACGCGGGAGGCAGUGCGGGAGGAAUAGGCAUCGGUACAGAACCGAUGGCGGCGAAUUCGCCUAUUACCGAUCGACCUCAGGCACUCUGGACCUGUUCUCACUGCACCUUCCUCAAUGCCGCGGACUUAGCGGUCUGCGAGAUGUGCAACUUGCCAAGAGAUGAUCUUGACGAGUAUGAUGAGGAGAUGAUGAGAGAUAUGUUUUAAUACAGGUUCAAGAAUUUGAUCAGAGCACUUCGGUCGCAUACAUUUGUCAAUGUUUUAACAUUGGGCAGUCUAUAACUGUAGAUCUUGUAUGCACAAUGUAUCAAUAUUUUUCUUAAGUAUCAGUUAACUAUUAUUAUUCAAUAUGUAUAGAACAUAUGUAUAUUACAAUAU